CACAGCGGCUGUAGAAGAAGAAAAAAGUGGGCAAGGGAGAACCGGUAAAUAAGCAUGAGUCAAUCCUGAAGCCGGUCAGGUAGGUGUCUGUGGUAGUUUCAGUCCACUAACGACGCUGUCAUGUCGGAUGACGGUGAGAGCAGCUGGCGCCAAGCUGAAGAACAUGACGGCACAGAAAGCGAAGAAGUCCAUGAGUCUGUGUGGGGGGCACGUGACCCUGCGCUGACAGUCCCCCAGGGGCUCUGGACCGCACAUCACGAGCCGACGAGGAAAAGGCUGGUGCUACAUGUUGACCUAAACAACACCAUACUGGUGUCGGACGCCGUGACGUGUCAGGGGACUGUGGCUGCUCUGGACUACUUUCUGACCACUGUCACUUGGGGGAAGAAGAACAAACACGGAACCUGGGAGUGGUUGAGUGACUCACCUUCUCUGCUCCCACCCUGCAGCGACGCUGUAAGCUACUACUCCCAGUUUGGACGGAUUCCUGCUUUCACCUCUGGUGCUGGCCGUCGCUUCCGUAAGGUUCUGGAUGAGCACCUGGACCUGCUCUGCUGGCCUGAUGGGGUAAAGGCAGACAGAGACCUGUCUGUAAAAGGAGAAGACGGACGCCUGUACCACUGGAUACUCCCCUCCUUCUUCCAGCUGCUCAGAGAUCUGUCACAGGAAGGUCGCGAGUUUGCCAUCCUCUUCCGUACAUUUGGAACCGACCUGCCUCGUGUGCUAAAAGCCGUAUCCCGAGCACUCGACGGGGCACACCCGCUGUUCCCUGAUCUGCCUCAGCUAAAGCUGAGCGUGGCUGUGACUCCAGGCAAGAUCCGCUGCAGCAAGAAGGGAAUCGUCCUGAAUCGAGCCGAGGAGCGGGUGUCCUCUCGCGAUGGAGAGAGAGGCCUGUACGAGUACUUCAGCUCCGUGCAGGGUCUGGGAGGAUUUCAGGACCACUUUGACUGGUGGGCUGCUAAUUCCUUCUCCAUCCGUGGGGGGAAACCAAUGUGGGUCGACCCCUUUGACAAGCACGUACAGCACAUCUUUAUAGAUGACAACAUACGACAGAAUGAUGAGGAUACUAUAGUUAACCCGAAGGUGUUUUUGGACCCGGGUGGCUCAGACACUCGUAUAGCCUGCACCUCUGAGCUGUACGAUAUCACCUUGAUCCAAACCGACCUCCUCCGGGCCAUUUCUGACCCCAGCUACUUCACUCAGCGUGUCCACGUCUGUCUGGAAAACUAUGAGAAGAAUGUCCAGCAGGGGGCAACCUAGAACACACUUCAAACUUUGCAUACUUCCUGUAUAAUACAUCAGUUUGUCUGUGAGACAACCUGCAGUGCAGACAGGACUAACAGGCAGGCGGCACUAUUACACACCAAAGCAGAAGACUUGCUUAAAGUCUAAAGUUCAUCCAAACAGAAAUAUUAAGCGGUUACAUGGAGAAACAGGUUACAUGGACAAGUGGACAUAGAAAAAAGCGGCAGCAAUGUAAGCAGGACUGCAAUUCAUUAAAUGCUUCAAAUACCACAUAUCCUUGAUAAAAAAGGAUAACUGUGUAAACAAGGAGCACUUCAGUGAGAUUGCACUGUCUGCUGUCCUAAAGUGACCUGGCACCCAAAAAGAGUUUUUGACCCAGUUGAGCGCUGAAUUGGCCGGACUGGACUCUUUAAUUACACCGACAGCUCUGUGACUAAUCACUCCACGGUAUAAUUGACCAAACUCUCAGAAUUUGGAGGCAGACAGAAUAACUGGUGUCAGAUAUGGAGAAAAGCUCUUCAUCUCUUGUGUUAGUUGUGGGUUUUGCUUCAGCUCCUUUGUCUUUCUCAGGGCAUUGUUUACGUCCACUCAGAACCCAGUGGUAACACUUGAAUAUUUUCAGGUGACUGAAGCAUCUGAUUACUGAGUAUGUGUUACUUCUGAAUGCACUGCAGUCAUAAAGUAACUCUUUGUGACAGCUGGCUCAAACUUUGAGCUGCAAUCUGGUUUAAUAUUGCUGUCUUGCUAUCAAAAGUCACCAUAAUAGAUGUAGAAGAGUACAUAUGGUGCUCCUGAUCGGAUCAGGUGUCUAUGAAGUGCUCAUUAAAGCAGUUAGAUGGUACAGAGUAACUUCUGAGCUGUGGAGACGUUUGCAUUUAAUUUGUUUGCACUGAGUUAUUUUUAUUUUAUUUAAAGGCAUGCUUGAGAGAAUUGUUUAAUAAGUUGAAUUUGGGAGAAAGUUAUGGUAAUUUUUGCUUUGAGGGUUUUUAGAAUAUGUUUAUUGCUAAACUUCCAGGGAGGUUUUAAUGACUUUGUUUUUCUCAGGUCAGUUUUUAAGAGACAGCCAAAUGAGCAGUAAUAUAAAGGACCCAGAUGUAGAUAGUGGUGGGGUUUUUUCUUCUUCUUUUUUAUAGCAUAUUUUCACCAAUGUUUUCCUUGCUGAUGAAUACACUUAUAAGAAAAGUUUGCAGAGAAAGCUUUGGUCGCUGUGAUAACGUCACAGAAGACCCGACUGAUGAACUCUUUGGGACUGAUGCUGAUUUUUUUUUUUAAAAAAAAAGAAAAAGAAAAAAAGAAAAUGCAUCGUUUUCUGCUUUGUAAUGUUAAAAACCAGGUUUUGGUUGCCACAUAUUGGAUAGAGCACUUAAUAUGCUGCUAUCAGCCGAUAAUAUCAGCCGAUAAUAUCAGCCUACUUGUAUCAGUCAGGGUCUAAAUCACAGCCUGUAUACUCACUGGAAAAUCACUCAGACAGUAACUACUACUAAAAAAAACUCUCCAGUUAUCAAGUUUUAACAUUAUUUAAGAGAUUUUUAUUUAAAAUGAUGUAAAUUAAAGGUAUUUUAUUUAUUGAAGAUGGGAUUCCAUCCAAAUGUAGUUUGCAAUAUUUGGAGAAAAUCAACUAAAUAAAUGCAUUAUUUAGUGUUAAACCAGUUUAGAAGAACAGGAAUUGUCCUUCCUUUUUUUACUUUGAGGAAGCUGAAAUGAUCUCAUAGCUCAGCACACAUCAGAUCAUUUCAGCUCCCAUGUUGGUUUCAGUGGACACUGAAUUCAUGUUUCCACUGAACACUGGGGCAUUUUUUAAUUUUAUUUCAAAGAGCCAGUUAACACAUGCUUAAAGACCAUGCUUUAACCUCAGUAAGUUAUUUAUUCAUACAAAGCAAACUGAUCUGUACUUUAAUCACAACACUGAACCUUUCAAUAACUUGUGUAAGUUUGAACCAUUAGGUUGCUAGACAUGUGAAAACUUCUGACAAAUGCAGUCAAAUAUUGCAUUGAUUCAUAGGUUUGUAUUUUUUGAUGGAGGCACCAAAACUUCUACAUUAAAUCUAGUAAAAACGAAGCCAACACAGCUGUGAACAACUGAGUACUGAGGUGAAAUCCCCGUUAUAUAACUAUUGUUAAAAGAAAUGCUCCCAUUGAUGUUCAAUAAAAUGCUAAUGCUUUUAAUUUUCA